UGACGAACCCAACUCAGACUUCUUCUAAAAGGGUUCAGACGAAGGUAGAUUGAGCAGGACAAGCAGGCAGGUCGUCUAAGGGAUUUGGUAAAGCCAAAGGGUUUACAAUAACACUUAGAGUUGUCUCUUAUAGUAAUCAGCAAUGCUUAGUAUAAGUACUAUGAUUGUAAUUGUUACUACUAGUAAACUCUCAGAGUCCACUUAAUGAGUGACUAGCUAGCUAUAUAUAUAUAAUUAUCUGCCCCUCUUUAAUAGUUAUCACUAGUACCAUUUCUCCUUUUACUCCGUGAUUCCGCGUUGUCGACGGUGAUAUGUUAUUAUCACUAGUGAAGACCUUAGUCUUGGCGGUGAUAAUCUUCUGAUUAGUCCGUUAAGUGAUUGGCUGUCGGAAUGUCCCAUGUCCUGGCUGUAGCCUGCCAGGCCGUCUAUAUACUUAUCCGUGAUACGAUGCCCCUCCUCUAAGGCUUUCGACCCGAAAGCCCUCUUAGGCCGUUUCAAAUAGUGUUAAUACCCUUCGCUUAUAAGUAUUGCAUUCUUCCUGUUUCUGUAUUGCGGUCGCUAUGUUGACAAGAUGCUGGUAGAGAAACGGAAGUCGUAUUCUGUAUGUUACCGUGCUUCCCUUGCUCAGAACAUCGCUAAGAACGGUUUUGUCGUUAUGCCUUGCUCUUGGUGCGUGUCACAAGGUCUUAUCUACAAAAUAAUCGCGUAUAUAAAGUGUUAUAAGGCCUACCACGAGUUAUCUAAAAAGCUUACACGGCUCCGGCGUCUUUGUCAGCAGAAGAAGUUUUUGGUAGAGAAAGGUGCCGAUAUAGUAGCGCGUGGUCUGUCAACCUUGGACGAGUUAGAGGCGGUUAAGUGGUAA